ACCGCCGCUAGUCAGAGGGUAGUCGCGAGAGCACGCGUGCACAUCGACCGCUUCCCACCGCCGCCGACGACGUCGGGUCGCACACACGAUUCCGUGUGUUCAUCGCGUUCGAUUCCCCCGAAAACCAACCAAGUGACAAUCUCGCGUUGCGUUCAUUAUAGAUAAACAAAUAAAUAAAUAUAAACAUCAAAAUAACUCAUCUUAGGCAAAACGUUCCGCGAAAACAUGUGCAGUGUAUUGCUUAUAACUAAAUAAAUAAAUAUUUACCAUAGCUACAUACAAGAAAUAUCAAAAUAUAUCUAAUAACUAAGCAUUAAUAAUAAAUAAAUAAAUAACUAAAUAACUAAAUAACUUAGUGCGUUUUUCGAGAGCUUUUCAUCAGUAACUAUACAAUACGUAUCAAAGCUUUAUUUAGUGAUACGUGUUGAUAAUAAUUAAUAAUUAGUAGAAACAAGUGUUCAUUGUUGUCCCUAAAUUCAUCAAGGACAUAGCUAUCGUACUGUUUGUAAACAUUGUAUGAACUGAAACUGUGAAUUUGUUGAUUUGUGAAUUGGUGCACGCUGUGAUCAUCGCUUCUUUGCAUUUGGAUUGUAUUUCGUCGUUGUAUGCUGGAGCAUCUCGUAUAGAAGUAUCGUCUAGGUGUGCGAGAGGAAACAGACUCUAAUUGGAUUUAACGAAAUUGAUGUGAUCAAGAUGAAGUUUUGGGACAUGGGAUCAUCUACGUAAAAUUUCUUUAAAUUGGUGUUUUUUCUUGGGCUGCGCGAGACUCUGCUGAAUCAAUCAUAACUCGGUUUAGAGGCUAGUCGUUUGGAACUAUAUUUUUUAAGGAUCAAUUGAAUCGAAGACGCUCCUCAACGUGGGAGAGACGAGGACGCCGUCAUAAUAACAGUAGCACGAUGACGGCCCCUCCAUUGACGGGGGUCCGCCUUUUGGCCGCCCUUUUCGUCCUGAUGACGUUUCAACGAGUCUUCGCAACCGACGGCAACUACACCGAUAUGAAUUUGAAUAUUAUGAAUAUAAACAUCCAAUAUUUGACACAUCCGCCUGAGAUUGUUAUGAAGCCGCGUAAUAUGCAGGUCAAGGCUGGUGGUAUUGCGUCUUUCUAUUGUGCCGCCCGCGGCGACCCGCCCCCGAGCAUCCAGUGGAGAAAGAACGGAAAACGCGUUUCAGGUUCACAAUCGAGGUAUCAAGUGAGAGAUUUCCCCGAUGGUGGCGCCUCCUUGCGGAUAGAACCAGUGAAAGCGUCGAGAGAUGACGCCACCUACGAAUGCGUCGCUGAGAAUGGUGUUGGAGAUGCUGUUAGUUCCGAAGCGACACUUGUCGUCUUUGAAGCCGACAAACUUCCGCCCGGUUUUCCGCAAAUCACGCAGCCGCCGCAGCAGAACAAGGUCGUCGAGGUCGGCCACAGCGCCAUGCUCAACUGCCAGGCGACUGGCAACCCACCGCCGAAGAUCUACUGGGUGCGCAACAUGCUACCCAUCGAUCCGGCCAACAACCCACGCUAUACCAUCGGCGAAGGAAAAUUCCAAAUAAAAUCCAGCGAGGAGAAGGAUCAAGGGAAGUACGAGUGCGUCGCCGAGAACGCCAUCGGCACCGAGUACUCCAAGUCCAGCCAGGUGUACGUUAAAGUACGCCGGGUUCCGCCACAGUUUUCCAAACCACCAAAUCCUGUUAAUGAAGUCAUGCUCGGUGCUGAUCUUAACCUAACUUGUGUGGCUGUUGGAUCUCCUAUGCCGUUUGUUAAAUGGCGUAAGGGUGCUGUACAGGACCUCACACCGGAAGAUAAUCUACCGGUUGGAGUUAAUAAUCUUGUGUUGACUGAUAUUCAGGAGUCAGCGAAUUACACUUGUAUUGCUGCUAGUUCUUUAGGGAUUGUUGAAGCUGUUUCACAAGUUAAAGUUCAAUCAUUGCCUGUGGGACCAACAAAUGUACGAGUUUCCGAGAUUACGGCAACCUCUGUGAGGUUGACAUGGUCGUACGAUGGACCCGACGAUCUUCAGUACUACAUCAUUCAGUUCAAGCCCAAGUAUGCGAAUCAGGCGUACAGCGAGAUUUCCGGCAUCAUCACGAUGUACUACGCUGUCCGGAAUCUGAGCCCUUACACGGAAUACGAGAUGUAUGUGAUUGCGAAUAACAAUAUCGGGAGGGGACCUCCAAGUGCACCUGCGAUAGUCACCACUGGGGAAACAGCUGACUUUCUCUUUGGAGGUGCCAAACCGGGAACCGCUCCCAAGAACGUGCAGCCAAAGCCGCUCAGCUCCAGCACGAUGGUCGUGCAGUGGGACGAACCGGAGACCCCCAACGGCCAAGUGACCGGUUACAAGGUGUACUUCACCGACGCGCCCUCGCAGCCGAUGACGCAGUGGAAGUCGCAGACCGUCGACAACAACCGCCUCACGACCAUCAGCGACCUCACCCCGCACACGAUCUACACGAUUCGUGUGCAGGCGUUCACCUCGGUGGGGCCGGGCCCACUUAGUGCACCCGUGCACGUUAAAACGCAACAAGGUGUACCGUCUCAGCCGAGUAAUUUACGCGCGUCGGACAUCGGUGAAACGUCCGUGACUUUGCAGUGGAAUAAGCCGGCGCAUUCGGGCGAGAACAUUGUGAAUUACGAACUGUACUGGAACGAUACGUACGCGAAAGAGAAGCACCAUCGGCGGAUCGGGCUUACCGAAAGCUAUCAGCUGAUGGGCUUGUAUCCGAACACUUUGUACUACGUGUGGCUGGCGGCAAGAUCGCAACGCGGCGAGGGUGCCACAACCCCGCCGAUCCACGUGCGCACCAAGCAGUAUGUACCUGGCGCACCGCCGCAGAACGUGACCGGAGAAGCGGUAAGUCCCACGUCCAUCCAAGUCAACUGGGAGCCGCCCAGGGAGAGGAGCUCGGGGAAAAUCAUUUACUACAAGCUGCACUUUGUCGAAGCGGAUCGCUCCGACAGCGAGGCCUCCGUCAACAAGCUGAACGCCACGAGCUUCGUCCUCGACGAGCUUAAGCGCUGGACGCAGUACCGCAUCUGGGUCCUCGCCGGCACCUCCGUCGGGGACGGGCCCGCCUCCUUUCCCAUCACCGUUCGCACCCACGAAGAUGUGCCCGGUGACCCGCAAAACGUCCAAGUGACGCCGAUCAAUUCCACCACGCUGACGGUGUCCUGGAGCCCGCCGCUAGCAAAAGACCGCAACGGCAUAAUUCGUGGCUAUCACAUUCACGUGCAGGAAACCCGAGACGAGGGCAAGAGUCUGCUGAAUGAGCCGAUGCGCUACGACGUGCUCGGCGAUCAGACGCUCGAGAUCAACAUCACCGGCUUGCAGCCCGACACCAAGUACUCGGUCCAAGUGGCGGCGCUAACGAGAAAGGGCGACGGCGAUCGCAGCCCACCGAUAACGACCAAGACGCCGGGAGGUGUGCCUAAUCGACCCGCAUUAACGCUCAAGGUGAUCGAGAAGGAGCCAACUGUGACGAUCGAAUUGGAAUGGUCCCGACCGACGCAGACCUACGGCGAGCUGCAAGGUUACCGUCUGCGCUUCGGUGUCAAGGACCACGCGCUCACGGAAGUCCUUUUAAAGCAUAACGCACAAACGUACAGGAUUACCGAGUUGGAGCGCGGCGUCGAGUACGAAUUCCGCGUGGCCGGCCUGAACCACAUUGGGAUCGGGCAGGAAGCCAUCAAACUCAAGCACACUCCCGAGGGACCACCCACCGGACCACCGACCAACAUUAGCUAUCACUUCCAGACGCCAGACGUGGUCUGUAUCACCUGGGACCCGCCCACUCGGGAGCAGCGCAACGGUCAGAUUAUUAAGUACGACGUCCAGUUUCACAAAAAGUCCGACCAUAGCAACAUCAUCGAGCGCAACGUGAAUACCACUAAAGCAGUCUUCACUAAUCUCGAGGAAAACACCGAAUAUGUGUUCCACAUUAAAGCGUAUACGAACCAAGGUGCCGGGCCAUACAGCGAAAAAAUUUCGGUGGAAACUGAACGUGACAUUGGCCGAGCUCCUAUGUCAGUUAGGGCCGUAGCUACCUCAGAUUCUAGCGUAGAAGUUUGGUGGGAGCAUGUCCCAUCGCGUGGUAAAGUAGUUGGCUAUCAAAUUUUCUACACAAUGACAGCCGUUGAAGAUCUAGACGAAUGGCAGCAGAAACCUGUUGGGCUCACCGACAGUGCCGACUUGGUGAAUCUUGAAAAGUACGCCCAGUAUGCCAUUGCGGUCGCGGCGCGUUUGAAAAAUGGUUUGGGACGGCUCUCCGAAAAGGUUACCGUCAAAGUCAAACCCGAAGAUGUCCCUCUUAAUCUAAAAGCGCAUGAUGUAACUACCCACUCGAUGACGUUAUCAUUCUCGCCACCAAUUAGGCUCAAUCCGGUUAGUUACAAGAUUUCAUUCGAUGCCGUUAAGGAGUUUGUCGAUUCCCAAGGCAUAACACAAACUCAAAACAUCCCGCGGGUCGAGCACACGCUCAAGUCCUCGGAUCGGACCUUCACCAUUAACGAGCUGUCGCCGUUCACGACGUACAACGUGAACGUGAGCGCAAUUCCUAAUGAUUAUACUUAUCGUCCACCGACUAAGAUCACGGUCACUACGCAGAUGGCCGCGCCUCAACCGAUGGUCCAGCCCGACUUCUACGGCGUGGAUCAUGGCGAGGAGAUUCAAGUUAUUUUGCCACAAGCCAGCGAGGAGUAUGGUCCCAUUAGUCACUAUUAUUUGAUUGUGGUGCCCGAAGAUAAGACCCUUCAUAAGCAUCCGGACCAAUUCCUCACUGACGAUAUGAUUGCCAGCAAAGGUCAAAAAGGCGAAAACCCUAACGCUCCUUACAUCGCUGCCAAGUUUCCUCAGAGAAACAUUCCGUACACUUUCCAUCUUGGUGAUGGCGAGGACGUUGGAGGUUUUUCAAAUAGGAAAUUGGAACGUGGGAAGAAGUAUAAAAUUUUCGUACGAGCUGUAGUGGACACCCCACAGAAACAUCUCUACACUAGUUCGCCAUUUUCUGAAUUCUUGGCUUUGGAUAUGCGGCAGGUGCCACCCGGCGACCCACCAAGGAGACCCGACCCUAACAUUCCUACUGAUAACGAUGUUAAAGUUAGUUCCCAGCACAAAGAAGCAGGAGUUUUCUGGGUGGUUGGCCCAAUUAUCGCCGCGUUGUUAUUGUGUUGUAUACUAGUUUUCUUCUUCAUCAUGAAGAAACGCAGCCAACCGUGUAAGACACCCGAUCAAGCGCAGGUUACACGUCCUUUGAUAGCAGCUGACUUGAACAGCAGUGCCGCCCCCAGUGACCCAGUUGAAAUGCGACGGUUGAACUUCCAAACUCCUGGUAUGAUAUCUCAUCCGCCGAUUUCAAUUGCGGAACUCUCGAACCACAUCGAACGCCUUAAAGCCAACGAUAACAUGAAGUUCUCCCAAGAGUACGAGAGUAUCGAGCCGGGGCAACAGUUUACAUGGGAUCACAGCAACAUGGAAGUAAACAAGCCAAAGAAUCGCUACGCUAAUGUAAUAGCAUAUGAUCAUUCGAGGGUGAUCCUCCAGCCAGAGGAAGGUAUCUUGGGCAGCGAUUAUAUCAACGCAAAUUAUUGCGAUGGUUAUCGAAAACACAACGCUUAUGUAGCAACGCAAGGACCAUUGCAAGAAACAUUCGCGGACUUUUGGAGAAUGUGUUGGGAGCUGCGCACAGCGACUAUUGUAAUGAUGACGAAAUUAGAAGAACGUACUAGGAUCAAAUGUGAUCAAUAUUGGCCUUCGCGCGGAAGUGAUACGUACGGAUCCAUGACGGUCGCCAUUACUGACAUGCAGGAGUUGGCAACUUACUGCAUUCGAACCUUCCAAAUUUCUCGUCAUGGCAGCAGCGAGCGUCGCGAAAUUAAACAACUGCAGUUUACCGCAUGGCCCGAUCACGGUGUGCCAGAUCAUCCUGCACCGUUCCUGCAGUUCCUCAAGCGUGUGCGAACCAUGAAUCCUAAUGACUCGGGCCCGCUUGUCGUGCAUUGUUCGGCUGGCGUUGGUCGUACGGGAUGCUUCAUAGUGAUUGAUUCAAUGUUGGAACGCAUGCGACAUGAGAAAUCUAUCGAUAUCUACGGUCAUGUCACCUGCCUACGAGCCCAGCGAAAUUACAUGGUUCAAACCGAAGACCAGUAUGUGUUUAUUCACGAUGCACUUUUAGAAGCAGUCGUUUGUGGCAGUACAGAGGUGUUGGCAAGGAGUCUGCACGGGCACAUCCAGAAACUAAUGGUACGCGAAAUUGGCGAGAACACCACUGGCAUGGAGCUGGAGUUCAAGAAGCUGAGCAACAUUAAGACUGAUUCGACACGCUUCGUCACCGCCAAUUUACCCGCGAACAAGCACAAGAAUCGCCUUGUGCACAUUUUACCUUAUGAGAGCACGCGUGUGUGUCUGGCACCGAUGAGAAACGUUGAAGGAUCGGAUUAUAUUAAUGCCAGUUUUAUGGAUGGAUACCGAUAUCGCAAGGCGUACAUUGCCACUCAAGGACCUUUGCCGGACACCACAGAUGAUUUAUGGCGUAUGAUUUGGGAGCACAAUUCAACUAUUAUUGUUAUGUUGACUAAAUUAAAGGAGAUGGGAAGGGAAAAAUGUCAUCAAUAUUGGCCCAGUGAUCGAUCAGUUCGAUACCAGUGUUUUGUAGUUGAUCCAAUUGCGGAGUACAACAUGCCUCAAUACAUUCUCAGAGAGUUUAAAAUAACUGAUGCCAGGGACGGAUCGUCGAGGACGGUACGACAGUUCCAGUUCACUGACUGGCCCGAACAAGGUGUGCCCAAAUCUGGUGAUGGGUUUAUAGAUUUCAUUGGCCAAGUACACAAAACUAAAGAACAAUUUGGUCAAGAUGGUCCCAUCACGGUUCAUUGCAGUGCGGGAGUGGGUAGAACCGGUGUUUUUAUAACAUUGAGCAUCGUCCUGGAACGCAUGCAAUACGAAGGGGUUGUCGACGUGUUCCAAACAGCGCGGAUAUUGCGAACACAACGGCCCGCCAUGGUGCAAACUGAGGAUCAGUAUCAAUUCUGCUAUCGUGCCGCGCUGGAGUACUUGGGCUCAUUUGAUCACUACGCCAACUGAUUCUAAAAUGUCGACACUUUGAUCGGCCUCCAGCCAGCGAUGGAUACGCCAGCUCGCGCGCUACAUGCAGACAAUAACUGCCAGAUUGCUAUUCCACUUUUUUGACGCAUCCCUCUUCAAGUCCACUCUACUGCCACAAUCAACGUUCUUCACAUUCAGACAUUCAGCUCUCCCCAAAGAUUGGAAACGCUAAAUCUACAAUUUAAAUUCGACGAGAUAUAUUCAUGAACAUCUUCGACGACGCAUGCAAUGCCGCAUUGCUAAUAAUGUAAAUUUCAAAUUUAAAGAAAAUGAAAAUAUAGUAAAGAAGAGAAUAUAAUAUGAGGUGAGUGGAAGUGUCGCGUGAACUCUGUGCCUACAUAUUAUUCGUUCCACGGGAGAUCUCUGAAUCUUGCGAAGAAUGCCGAAGAUGCUAUAAGAAAUUGCGCAGCUAUGUUAAUAAUGGAGCAGUUAAUAUUUAAGCAAGGAUAAUAUUGUUGGAAAUCGGGCGGGCGCGAUUUCGUGCAUUGCACCCGCCGCGGAAAUUGUAAAUGAUGUGCACAACUGACGCGAAUAUUAGACUAUAUGCGUAUACAUAUUAUACUUAUUAACGAUUCAACUAAUUAGCAUAUCUUAUUUUUGUAUUGUAUUGUGUGAUUUCGGUAGGAUUGUACAAUGUGUACGUGUCAGCAUGCAAACAGAUUGCCAUCUUGAAUCUGUUCUCAUCACUCAUUGUCAUUCUUGUCUAUGUAUGUUUCUAGUAUUACUCAUUUAUAUCAAACAAUUUUGUUUCAAGAACGUUGCGCGUUGCGAAAUGUUUUGACCAUUGUAUUUGCGCAUGCGCACCGCGGAUAUUAAGCGUAUUAAACUUUAAGUAACUAACAACUCUCUCAUUAGAUUUUAUAUAUUGUCAAUAACAAUCUAUGAUUAUUUCACUGUUACAACUGCAUAUCAUUAGCUGGUAGGGCUGUAGUAUAUUUUUAUGAACGUGGCACAAUCCUAUGUACAUUUGUUUUCAUUAAAAUCUCUUCUUAGCCGCUCCGUUUACGUUUUAAGUAAAGUGAAACGCAGUCGAAUUCUAUCAAUUUGAAUGUACUUAUUUGAAUGAAGAUAUUUCGAAUAGAACAAACAAGAAUUGCAAACAAAAACAGACGGAAUAAGGUAAAUAAUCUGAUACUCGAAAUAAUUGACUUGUACACUCAUGUAAUUACUUUUUUUGACUGAAAUUGUUAUAUAUAUUUUUUGUAACUGGAAGAAAUGACGAUGAAUAUGACUCACAACUGUUGUAGCACACGAAUGAAUGGUGAUGAAUAUUUAGAUUAUAGUAAAUAUUCAAAUAUCUAUGAUUUAGUUUUGUUUAAGCCGAUGUGUGACAUUCUUUUUAAAAAAUUUAAAUAAAAGUGUAACAUAUA